AUGGCAACCUUACAAAACAAAAAGGUCGUCGUCGUUGGCGGUUCAUCAGGCAUUGGAUUUGCAGUAGCCCUCGGCGCACUCCAAUCGCUUGCAAGCCUCGUUAUCAUCGCUUCGAGCAACAAAGCUCGCGUCGAAGACGCCGUUGCACGGUUGAAAGCGCACAACUUACCUGGGGAAAUCCGCGGCGAGGUGCUUGAUGCAAAGGACUCCGACGCUGUGAAAGCGUUUGCAGUUGCACUUGGGGCAGUGGAUCAUAUUGUUUGGACCAGUGGCGACGUCCCCAAGGCCGAGCUGGGAGGUCCCUCGGGUCCCUUCUCCAUCGCAGACUCAGUGGACAAAGGACAGGGUAUUGCGGGACAGAGACCUUUCCCAGGCGGAGCGCUUGGAAGCAGUGUUGCUACCGCUCUGGAAGGUUUAACCCGAGGCUUAGCUGUAGACAUCGCUCCAGUUCGAGUCAAUCUUAUAUGUCCAGGAUUGAUCAACACCGAGCUCAUUGAGAAGAUGUUUGGAGAGCACAAGGACCAUAUCACAAAGACUUAUGUUGAAAAGAUUCUCAUGAAGCGGGGUGGUGAUCCCAGCGAGUGCGCAGAGGCAUAUCUAUUUGUCAUGAAGUGUGGAUAUAUCACAGGUCAAAAGAUUGACGUCGAAGGAGGAUACCUACUUAUCUAA